GUUAGCACUGAAUGCGGCUGCUAAUGUGCCGAGGAUUUGUCAUCGCGCUCGCGCCACGCCCCCGCGGAUGCGACCCGAUUACUGUAGCGAUCAAAAUGGAGCCAAGUGCUUGCCGUAUUCCUCCAUUUCCUUUGCUUUGGAAUCCACUACUUCUACCAUAUUCAACAGCGUUGAUCGCAAAACUACAGAAGAAGUACGCUGUUUCAUGCACAUCCAUCAUGAUACCGUAUCCUCCUGCUCCAUUAUUUGCGUCGUCGUUCACACCGUCUCAAGUCAUCCCUUUGAACUCAUCGUCUCCAUCCUCCAGCGUCACAACAGGAAGUGAAAGCAGCUCUCCAACCACUCCAUCACCACCCACUGCGAAGACCAAGAAAGACCGCGAUUGUCAAUGUGAGAUUUGCGGUAAAACCUUUGGACGUCAUUGGCUUCUACAAGGACAUCUGCGCACUCACACUGGGGAAAAACCAUUCACGUGCAAUAUUUGUGGCAAAGCGUUUGCGGACAAGAGCAAUCUUCGAGCUCAUAUACAGACCCAUAGCAGCGAAAAACCUCAUCAUUGCGCUCGUUGUGGUAAACGAUUCGCUCUGAAGUCAUACCUAAGCAAGCACGAGGAAUCGGCCUGCUAUCGCGCUACCUCGUCGGCACCGUCAUCCGAGAAGUCGCUCUACUCUCCAAUCAGUGUGUCGUCUCUAGUUUGAUGGCUGCUCUAUACUUCCAUCAGAAUGCCGGUGAUAUUUUCUCUAUUUGAGCUGCUUUCGCUGCCUGCAGCAUCUGAACGCUCAGGCUGCGUCCAAAGUUGUCGUGCCAGCGUCGUUCCAGCGCUGUGCCAGCUAGCACAGCAUUGGCACCGCAACGGCACCACGUCAACACAACGCAACUUUGAACGCAGCGUACCCAAAACAAGUCUUGCCUUUCUUCUUUCCUACAUGCCUAAUACCGAGGCAGGCUCUCUAACUUUGCCUGUCUACGUUCUUGACCUAAGCGACGACGCAUUUUCCAAAUAGAUAUUUAUCUCACAUAUAGUUAUAACAUAUUUUUGCAUGUAUCUAUACCGUAUGUAUCUUAUCGAGCUUUACAACGACAUCAGUCGUUUUGCUGUGCGUGUGACAUAUGUGCCUUUUAUUGCUCGCUCUUUUGUAAGUUUUCAAACUUUUGCCUAAUUAAUAUCUUUAGGCGCUUUCUUGCUUAUAUCAGUUAGUCAGUACUCACCUCAUUCGUUAUUCUUUGC